AUGUCAGAAACAGAGGCCNCCUGGCAGUCGAUCGCCCGUCGCAAGCAGCAAGAGCAAUCGGAUGCAAUUCCCAAAGACUGGAUCCUCAAAACUCGUCCAGCAGCCAACCGCAGCAAUGUCUUGGCCAUACCUCGAGAAUGUAAUGUCCUGAGCGCUCGAGAGAUUGAAGUUACGGAGAGAUAUGAUGCUACCGCGUUGGUGCAAGAGCUAGCAGCGAAGAGGCUGAAGAGCGUGGAUGUUGUUACUGCGUUCUGCAAACGAGCAGCUAUUGCUCAGCAACUGGAAGCAAUCGCCAGGGCAAAACAGCUCGACGAACACCUCGACAGGACCGGCAAGCCCAUUGGCCCUCUACACGGCUUACCCAUCUCAGUCAAGGACUCUUUCAAAAUCAUUGGACGAGACGCUUCCAUUGGAUAUGCAUCUUUGUGCUUCAAACCUGCAGAAACUAACUCGGCAUUGGUUGAAAUGCUUCUCAAGGCAGGAGCCGUUAUUCAUUGCAAGACGAACAUUCCUCUUACUCUGCAAGCGCUCGAUUCUCACAACAAUGUCUUUGGCCGUGUACUCAAUCCUGCAAACCUGAAUCUCACUGCUGGCGGUAGUUCAGGUGGAGAAGGAGCAUUGAUCGCAAUGCGCGGCAGUGUCUUGGGCGUUGGCACAGAUGUGGGAGGCAGCAUCCGCAUACCAGCAAUGUGCAACGGACUAGUAGGACUGAAGCCUAGUCAUGGCCGCAUACCAUACGCCGGACAGGAGAACGGCAGUGUUGCUGGCACCGAAACUCUGGGAAUCAGAUCUGUCGCUGGUCCCAUUGCCCACAGCGUCAGAGACUGCGAGCUGUUCUUCAGAGCCAUCGGAGAUCUGGAGCCGUGGGCAUUCGAUCCCGAGUGCGUUGCUCAGACUUGGGAACAGCAAGUUGUGCGCAGUGCUCUCAGGACGCCAUCACUGUCUGACCAUAUGAGAAGGCUGAGAGUAGGCAUUGUGAAGACUGAUGGCAUCACCACCCCUCUUCCACCUAUUCAAACAGUAAUGGAAGAAAUUCGCAACGCUCUGAAGAGUAAUGCCGCCAUUGAAGUCGUGGAGUUGGACAUAACCUCUCUGCUUUCACAAUGCCAGACAAUUGCCAACGGCUUGUUCGGAGUCGAUGGCGCAAACACACCGUUCGAUCUCAUGGAAGCCACCUCGGAGCCGAUAUCCCCGUGGCUCAAGUCACGCCUGCGCCGCAAGAAGAGUCUCACAGCGGAGAAGAUACGUGAUCUUCAAGCAAGAAGGAACGAACUGCAGACGCGCUUCCUCGAUAUCUGGAAAUCAGACGGCGGUCACUGGAAGGAUGCAACAGGAAGCGCCGGCAGCCUGGAUGUCUUCAUUUGUCCUUUAGCGCCUCAUCCUACACCAGCGAUCGAUACUUGGAAUACCGUCUCGUAUACUUCAUCGUUCAAUUUACUCGACUAUCCAGCGGCAACGCUGCCUGUCCGACCCAUCCGAAGUUCGGAUCUCAAUAGUAAGAUAUCCGAUCAAGACUCGGCACCAAAUGGUUGGGAGAAGUAUAAUCGCAAGCUCUGGGAUGGCGAUCGUAACGUAUUUCUCGGCGGCACAUUGUGUGUGCAGGUGGUAUCUCAGCGCAAGCAGGAGCGGGUGUUGUUGCAAGCGUUGACGAAAUUGCAAGAUUCGCUUGCAGUGCUAAAGGAAGAUAAGGCGGUGAAGUCGAAAUUGUAG